AUGGACGACUCAAUGGCAGAGUCCGACUUUGCCAUGGAUGCCAGCAGUGACUUUGAGCUUCCCAAGAAGGCUCCUGCUUCACAGAAGAAGGCUCCCGCAAAGAAGGCUCCAGCUGCAGCCAAACCCAAGGCAGCUCCCAAGAAGCAGACCACCCUCAAGACCACCACAACCACAGCCAAGAAGGCAGCCUCAAAGAAACCUCCGACGCCGAUAAGUGACGACGAGAACUCGGACGCCGACAUCCACUUCGACAACGGCGACGACAGCCUGCUCGCCGACACUCCUCCCAAGAAGGCCGCCCCCAAGAAAGCACCAGCGAAGAAGGCUACAAAGCCCCUACAAGAAAUUGACAACGAGAGCUUCACAGCUGAAGGUGCAGACAUGGCUGAAGACCAAAUGGUUCAGCCCAAGCCCAAGAAGGGCAGCGCCACUUCGCAAUACCAGAAACUCACCCAGCUCGAGCACAUCAUCAAGCGCCCCGACACAUACAUCGGCUCCGUCGAACGCCUCGAGAAACCCAUGUGGGUCUACAACUCCGAGAACGAAGCCAUCGAGAACCGCGAAAUCAGCUACGUACCUGGUCUGUACAAGAUUUUCGACGAAAUCCUGGUCAACGCUGCCGACAACAAGCAACGCGACAAGAACAUGAACGAGAUCAAGGUCUGGAUUGAUCGCGAGAAGGGCGAGAUCUCAGUGCGCAACAACGGCCGCGGUAUCCCGGUCGAGAUGCACGAGAAGGAGGGCAUCUACAUCCCCGAGAUGAUCUUCGGCCACCUCCUGACUUCCUCCAACUACGACGAUGAUGAGCAAAAGGUCACUGGUGGAAGAAACGGUUACGGUGCAAAGCUUUGUAACGUCUUCAGUACAAAAUUCAUCCUCGAGACGGUCGACUCAAAACAGGGAAAGAAGUACACUCAGACAUGGCACGACAAUAUGACCAAAAAGGACAAGGCCAAGAUUACCUCGGUCAAGAGCGACGACUAUACCAGAAUUACCUUCUACCCCGACUUCUCGAAGUUCAACAUGGACAAGAUGGACGACGACUUCGAGGCUCUGGCCAAGCGUCGUGUUUAUGACAUGGCUGGUACAUGCCCAGGCGUCAAGGUCUUCCUGAACGAUACCCGUAUCAAGAUCAACAAGUUCAAGCAAUACAUGGAGAUGUACACCAAGGCUAUCAAGACCGAAAGCUUGAUCAACGAAGGCGUCAGCAACCAGGUCAUUCUGACCGACAACCCCAACGAGCGUUGGGAAAUCGGUUUCGCUGUUUCUGACGGCUCGUUCCAACAAGUUUCUUUCGUCAACUCCAUUGCCACUACUUCGGGAGGAUCGCACGUCAGUUAUAUUGCCGAUCAGAUUACCACCAAGCUGCUGGAGAUUGUCAAGAAGAAGAACAAGGGCGGUGUAACGCUCAAGCCUGCUCAAAUUCGCAACCACAUCUUCCUGUUCGUCAACUGCUUGAUCGUCAAUCCUGCUUUCAACUCGCAAACCAAGGAACAACUCACAACCAAACCUUCUCAAUUUGGCAGCAAGUGUGUGCUCAGCGACAAAUUCCUCAAGGACAUCGCCAAGACAGAAGCCGUCAACAACAUCAUGCACUUUGCCCAGCAAAAGGCCGAUCAGGUCUUGAAGAAGUCGGAUGGCAACCGUCGCACUCGCAUGAGCAAUACUAAGCUCACGGAUGCCAACAAGGCUGGUACCAAGGAAGGUCAUAAAUGUACUCUAAUCUUGACAGAAGGUGACUCGGCUGCCAUGCUUGCUCUAGCUGGACGAGCUGUGGUCAACCAGGAUCAUUUUGGUGUCUUCCCUCUGCGUGGUAAGAUGCUGAACGUCCGCGAUGCGUCCAUCGACCAAAUCUCCAAGAACGCGGAGAUUCAGAAUAUCAAGCAGUUUAUGGGACUGCAGCACAAGAAAGAGUAUACGAAAGAGAAUCUGAAUACUCUUCGCUACGGUCAUUUGAUGAUCAUGACUGAUCAGGAUCACGAUGGCAGUCAUAUCAAGGGCCUUUUGAUCAACUUCCUCCAAGUCCAAUUUCCUAGCUUGCUCAAGAUCGAAGGCUUCCUCCUUGAGUUCAUUACACCCAUUGUCAAGGUCUGGAAGGGUGAUCCGAAGUUCCCCAAAGCAAAGAAAGACUUCUUCACAAUGCCCGAGUAUGAGGCUUGGAGACAAGAACCUGGUCAUGACAAGGGCUGGGAGCACAAGUACUACAAGGGUCUGGGUACUUCGGAUACAAGAGAUGCCGAGACCUACUUCAGUGAUCUAGACAAGCAUCUCAAGACCUUCCACACCAUGAAGGACGACGAAACGAAGUUGAUCGACCUUGCUUUCAGCAAGAAAAAGGCCGAUGAUCGCAAGAAGUGGCUUGGGGACUUCGUCCCUGGCACUUUCCUGGACAUGUCUGGCAAGGAAAAAAUCAGUUACGAGGACUUCAUCAACAAGGAGCUCAUUCUUUUCAGUAUGGCCGACAACUUCCGUUCCAUUCCAUCUUUAGUCGACGGUUUUAAGCCUGGUCAACGCAAGAUCUUGUACACAGCCCUCCGAAGGAACUUGAAGAAGGAUAUCAAGGUCGUUGAGCUUGCUGGUCAAGUCAUGGGUCAGACUGCAUACGCGUACGGUGAAACGUCUCUACAGCAGACAAUCGUCGGUCUUGCACAGACCUUUGUCGGCUCAAACAACAUCAACGUACUCGAACCCAGCGGUAACUUUGGUUCUCGUCUCCAAGGUGGUAGCGAUGCAGCCAGCGCUCGUUACAUUUACACUCGCCUUUCUCCUUUCGCCCGUCGCAUCUUCAACGCCCACGACGAGCCACUUCUCACAUACAACACUGAUGACGGCAAGACGAUCGAACCGGAGACUUACGCACCCAUCGUACCUAUGGUGCUGAUCAACGGUGCCGAUGGUAUCGGUACAGGAUGGUCAACAUCCAUUCCCAACUACAACCCUGCUGAUGUCAUUGAGAACAUCAGACUCAGGAUGGCAGGAAGCUCGAAGGAAGAUAUGAAGCCCAUGCAGCCGUGGUUCCGCGGCUGGGAGGGUGAAGUUGAGGACAUUGGCAACGGUCGUUUUAAGUUUACUGGAACCAUCGUUCACAAAGACGCCAAUACAGUCGAGGUCACCGAGCUGCCUGUUCGUUUCUGGACCCAAGACUUCAAGGCUCACCUUGAGGAGAUUAUCAAAGCCGAGAAGACGCCUUCUUUCAUCAAGGACUACAGCGAAUACAACACCCCUGAGAAGGUUCACUUCGUCAUUACUCUUGACGACAAGGGUAUGAAAGUUGCACUCGACAAGGGUCUGGAAGAGCAAUUUAAGCUCAGCAGAACCAUGGCGACCACUAACUUGGUCGCUUUCGAUGGUCAGGGCCGAAUUCACAAGUACGAGACUCCUCUCGACAUCAUGGAAGAGUUCUAUCACAUCCGUCUCGCAUUCUACGAGAAAAGAAAGCAGUAUCUUCUAAACGAAAUGCAGAAAGAGCUUGAGAAGCUGAGCAACCAGUCCCGCUUCGUCCAGAUGAUCAUAGACGGCAAGCUUGUCGUGUCCAAGAAGAAGAAGUCUGUUCUUGUCGCCGAGCUCCAUAAGCUCAACUUCAAGCCUAUUCCCAAGCUGGCCGAUGCCAAGAAGCAAGGUGAGACGGAGGAUGCUCUUGAAGACGAUGAUGACACUGAGGAUGCUGCACCCGGUGCCAACGACUUUGACUACCUUCUCGGCAUGGCCAUCUGGUCUUUGACACAAGAACGCGUCGAGAAGCUGCUCAAACAGAUCGGUGACAAGGAGACUGAGAUUGACGCACUCAUCAAGCUGUCUCCCAAAGACCUCUGGACCAAGGAUCUGGACGAGCUUCUCGAGGAAUGGCAUACUCAGCUGCAGGUCGAAGCGACACGUGCGAAGAAGUCAAAGGGCAAGGGACGUCGUACUUCUCAGAAGCUCGGUGUUUUGGGCAACAGCAAGAAGCGCAAGUCGGACGAUAGCGACGAUGACGACGAUGAUGACUUCGUUGUUUCUAAGAAACCCAAAACCGCCGCAAAGUCAGCUGCCGCUUCCAGGACUGCUCCAGCAGCAAGGUCGAAGGUGUCCAAGGGGGCGACUGGUCUGCUUGACAAUUUUCUUGUCAAGCCAACCGCUAGCAAGCCCGCUGGUGUCUUCCCUGUCGUUGACGGUAUCGAGCAACAGCCUGUUGAGGCUCCUCCGGCAGUCAAGGCUGGUCUGAUUGAGCCCUCAGAAAUCACCAAGCCGCUCGUGAGGAGAAAGAUGACAAAGAUCGAGGAUUCUGACGACGAGGAUAUCGAGAUGGUCACGAAGCCAGAUGCCAAGGUACCUGCGAGGAGGAUUAAGACUGCUCUGGACACAGAUGACGAGGAAGAAGUUGCACCAGUCAAGGCCGCAGCAAAGCCUGUUGCCAAGCCUGCUCCCAGGAAGAAACCUGUCAUCGAAUCCGACUCGGGGGAUGAAGAUAUCGUGAUGUUCGAUGCCGCAAAGAUGAAGCCCGCAGCUCAGCCGGCUACUGCGUCUCGUGGUGGACGUGCUGCCGCAAAGAAGCCAGUCAAAUAUGCUGCUGACUCUGACGAAGACAUGUCUGAUGAUGACCUCGGUGACAUCAGCAAGAUGGUCAAGGAGAUCCCCAGCACAGCUCCAGGACGUUCUCUGCUCAGCAACAGCACACACCGCACGGGCGCGAGCCAUGGCAUCAAGUCCUCGCACGCCAGAAAGGAAAGUGUCGAGCCCGUUGACGACACAGACUGGGCUGAACUGGCCAAGGGCACACCAGCGAAACCCAUCGCUCAAGCCACAGCAGCAGCAAACUAUUCGGACGACGAAGACGCAAACAUGGAUGAUGAUAGCAUCUUGCUCUCGACUCGCAAACCCCAACCACUCAAGACCAUCUCCAAGAUUGCAACAAAGCCGACUGCAUCCACCACCGCCAAAGCCAAGAAACCUGCUGUAGCACCCGUAAAGACACUCUCCCCUGCCGCCAAAGCCUACGCAGCAAAACAAUCCAAGGCCGCUGCAGCCAAGCCCACCGCCAAAGCACCCGCCUCUCGCAAGAAGACUGCUCUGGACAGCGAAGACGAGGAUGAAGACCUCGCUAAUGAUAUCUUGAGCGACGACGAUGAGACCAUGGCUUCCGCUUCUCCUGUUGCGACUGCGGCUAGACCUUCGAGAAGAGCUGCUGCUGCCAAGCCCAAGGCUAAGUAUGUCGUUGAUGACGAGGAUGACGAGGACGAAGAAGAGGAUGAUUUCGAAGAGGAAGAUGAGGAGGAAGAGACGUUCAAUGACGAUAGCGAGUAA